GUAGAGAAUUUAGAGGAGAUGGUGAAGAGAAGUCGAGAGAUGGUGAAGAGAAGUCGAGAGAUAGUAAAGAGAAGUCGAGAGAUGGUGAAGAGAAGUCAAGAGAUGGUAAAGAGAAGUCGAGAGAUGGUGAAGAGAAGUCAAGAGAUGGUAAAGAGAAGUAGAGAGAUGGUGAAAAGAAGUAGAGAGAUGGUGAAAAGAAGUAGAGGAAUUUGA